CGCCGGACAGAAAACAGCAAUUGCUGGCUGCUUUUGUACUUUGUUUGCUGCGUCUUGUAUAUUUAUCGAGUGAAUGCGCGACUGGUACCUCUACUGACAAAGAUAGCGGUAGGUUUUUCCUUGUAUAGCUUGAAAUGCACCAGUUCACCCGGUGCUAGUUAAUCCAAGCUGCGUUAACGUGCUCCUACAUGUGUUGCGACAGUGACAGGUUUUACAUUUGGUGCGUUUUCUUGCUCACGGCGGCAUGAGUUACGGCUACGGCGGUGGAGGUGGAAGAAGAAGCAGAAAGGGAGACAGAGGGUUCAGGGAUGGGAGCAGAGAGAGACUGGACAGAGGAGGAGGAGGUGGUGGCGGUGGGAGAGGUUUCAGAGGACACGGUUCCGACUUCGACCAGGACCGAGGAGCAGGAGGAGGUCAGAGGGACCGUCCUCCUCCACACCUGAGGGGCCGGGACAUUGGUUUGUGGUACGCGCGGUAUGGAGCAGUGAGGAGGAAACAAGCGGACCGCAGAUCGCGGGCCAUGGUCCACAUGGACGAAGCCAGAGAGGAACACAUCACCAAGCUCCUCAACUCUGUUCAGAGAGACCCAACAAGAGACAACAGGGACGUGCCGUCCUCAGUGUCUGACGCCUGGCGGACAGCAGCCAGCAGCAGCGGCCACUGUUACUUUGACGGGGAUAUGCCUGAAGAAGAGAAGCAGAAAUUGGAGGAAGAGGAAGAUGGUUCUUCGAAACAGAAGAAAACAAGCCGCACAUCUCAACGUGACUCCUCUACAGCAGCUAAAGAUGAACCUCCAGACAACUGGGACGCAGAUGAUGAGGAUGACGUGGAGAAAGAAAAAACACUGAGCGAACACAAGGACCUGGAGUUCUUAUUUCAGGAAGUAGUCAGAGACGCAUCAGUGGAUGAGGACUUGAAAAGAGAUUUGCAAAGCAAAAAGACGGAUCGAAAUUACAAAGAAAUGUUGAAAUUCAGGGAAAAACUACCAUCAUACGGAAAGAAAGAGGAUCUGGUGCGGCUCAUCAACUCUAACCGCGUCUUGGUGGUUAGCGGGGAGACGGGGUGCGGAAAGACCACUCAGGUCACCCAGUUCAUCCUGGACGACCACAUCAGAAGAGGCCGGGGCUCGACGUGCCGCGUGGUCUGCACGCAGCCCCGCCGCAUCAGCGCCAUCUCCGUAGCAGAGCGUGUAGCUGCAGAAAGAGCAGAAAGUGUAGGAAAUGGAAAUUCCUGUGGUUACCAAAUACGCUUGCAGAGCCGGUUACCACGGAGACAAGGUUCAAUACUGUACUGUACAACAGGAAUUAUUCUUCAGUGGCUCCGCUCUGAUCCGUUGUUAUCCAAUGUCAGUCACCUUGUGCUGGACGAGAUCCACGAAAGAAACCUUCAGUCAGACGUUUUGCUCAUCAUCGUGAAGGAAUUACUCAACCUCCGAGAUGAUCUGAAGGUCAUCCUGAUGAGUGCCACCCUCAACGCAGAAAAGUUCUCUAAAUAUUUUGACAAAUGUCCAAUGAUCCACAUCCCUGGGUUAGCAUUCCCAGUGGAAGAAUUCCUACUUGAAGACAUCAUUGAGAUGACCAGAUAUCGUCCGCAGAAUCAGGAUCGUCGGCCUGCGUGGAAGAGACGCUUUUGGCAGGGCCACCAAUCCAGAUCGGAGAAGGAGGAGAAGGAGGAGGAAUAUAAGGAGAGCUGGCCAUGUUACGCACGAACGCUGCAGGGCAGAUACUCUGACGGCACAAUCGAGGCGGUGGAGAUGUUAGACACUGAUGAGAAGAUUGAUCUGGAGCUGAUCCUGGCGCUGAUCCGGCACAUUGUGCUCAACGAGGGGGAGGGAGCAAUCUUGGUUUUCCUGCCCGGCUGGGACAACAUUAGCAGUCUCAAUGACCUCCUCACGGCGCAGCAAAUGUUCCGAUCAGAUAGGUUCGUCAUCAUCCCUCUGCACUCCCUCAUGCCCACUGUUAAUCAGACGCAGGUUUUCAAAAGACCCCCGCCAGGAGUCAGAAAGAUUGUGAUUGCAACCAAUAUCGCGGAGACCAGCAUCACCAUAGAUGAUGUCGUUUAUGUGAUAGAUGGAGGAAAGAUUAAGGAGACCAACUUCGACACCGACAACAACAUCAGCACCAUGACGGCCGAGUGGGUUAGCUUGGCCAACGCCAAACAGAGGAAAGGACGUGCUGGCAGGGUGCAACCAGGAAAGUGCUAUCAUCUGUACAAUGGGCUUAGGGCCAGCCUGCUGGAAGCCUAUCAAUUACCUGAAAUUAUGAGGACACCGCUGGAGGAGCUCUGCUUGCAGAUAAAGAUUCUGAAGCUCGGCUCCAUUAGUCGAUUUCUGGAGAAGGCCUUGGACCCGCCGAGCGAGAAGGCAGUUAACCUCGCCAUCAAGAGCCUCACAGACCUGAACGCUCUGGACCACGCAGAGAAUCUGACAGCGCUGGGUUUCCACCUGGCACGUCUCCCCGUGGAGCCGCACAUCGGCAAGCUAAUCCUGUUCGGCGCUCUGUUGGGAUGCCUCGACCCCGUACUCACCAUCGCCGCUUCGCUCAGCUUCAAAGACCCUUUCUUCAUACCCCUGGGUAAAGAGAAGAUGGCAGAUAUGAGGAGAAGGACUCUGUCCAGAAACUCAAAGAGUGACCACCUCACUAUUGUUUACGCCUUCAAGGGAUGGGAGGAAGCCAAGCAGCGGGGGUCCAGGUAUGAGAGGGAUUACUGCUGGGACAACUUCCUGUCUGCCAACACACUCCAGAUGCUGCACAACAUGAAAGGUCAGUUUGCCGAACAUCUCAUGAGUGCUGGCUUUGUCAGCAGCCGGGAUCCCAAAGACGCUAAAUCCAAUAUCAACUCUGAUAAUGAGAAGUUGAUCAAGGCAGUGAUUGUUGCUGGACUGUACCCUAAGGUGGCCAUGAUCCGACCCUCUUACAGCAAAAAGAGACCUGGGGUAAAGGUGUACACCCAGACCGACGGAAAGGUGUGUAUCCAUCCCAAAUCUGUCAAUGCUGAAGAGAGGGAAUUCAACUACACAUGGCUCAUUUACCACCUGAAGAUGAGAACCAGCAGCAUCUUCCUGUACGACUGCACCGAGGUGUCCCCAUUCUCGCUGCUGUUCUUCGGGGGAGACAUCACCAUCCAGAAAGACGAGGGCCAGGAGACCGUCGCGGUCGACCGCUGGAUCGUCUUCAGGUCCCCGGCGCGCAUCGCUCAUCUCGUAAAGAGUUUGAAGAGAGAGCUGGACUCGCUGUUGCAAGACAAAAUCAGUAACCCGGCUCCUGUGGAUUGGGAGAACCGCCAGUCCAAGGACUGCGCUGUCAUCACGGCCAUCAUAGACCUCAUCACUACGCAGGAAAGGCCUGCAGGCGGCAGCAAGGACGACGGCAGGACGUGGGCGUCUGCCCCCAGCGGAAGGCACUCUUACUUCGAUGAUGACGACGAUGACGACGAUGAUUAAAAGUGUCUGGGCAUUUGGCUGGCAAUGAAGAGAGGAGGCUUUCGGACUGACUGCACCUUCAGACAUGAGUUUGUUGGAAUAUUUAUGAUAGACAGCUGGCCUCCUUGAUGCUUCUGCUUGGUUUAAACUUUAGUGCUCCCUAGAUACUGAAGGCCAAACACAGAAGGCUUAGAGUGCUGAAGAAAUGAAAAUGUUCUUCGGCGGAAUGAAUCGUGCUUCUCUUUCGCUUCUUAAGAUUAUUCAAGGACCAGCCUCUCUGCAUGCAUCCUUUUUUUGCUUUAGUUUGUACAUUUUAUGUUUGGGAAAAUUUCACCAUUCGUCCACAUAACUGAUUAUGCAAUAAAGAAGCUACUUAAAAUCACUCUGUGCGACGUCUGCCACCUUUUCAGCUAAAUGCCUAGAGAAAAGGUGUUUUCACACAUAAUAGUCUGGUACAGUGGGUUCGAUUAGAGAUCAAAAUGGCAACAUUUUGAUCCCUUUUCAGCUGGUACCGUUCACUUUCUAACUGCACUGUGUGAAAUGAUCCCAAUCCUGUGAAAAACCUGGUUCACCCUUGUGUGGCGCUGUGCAAGCCUCUGAAGAAGACAUCAGCUCACCUUCUUUUCUUGCAAACUGUAAACAAAAAUGGAGUAAUGUCAGAUUUUAAUUUGUAGGAUUUCUCGUCUGUCAUUCGUAAAAGUCAUGUCUCCUACUAGAAAUAAGCCAGCACGCUUUGGUCUUAUUUACCCAGAAUACCCUCUGCUACAGCCCGCUUCUUGCUUUUGGAGUGGUCUCCGGUCCUCUCGGCAUUCACAUAUGCAUUCAGAGUUCACUUCAACCGAACCGAUGCUCAGACCAGAGUUCGAUUGCACUUUCACACUUCCCCGAUCGACUUGUUACUCGAUAGGCAGACAAACUAGAGUUUAAGCGGACUAAGCAGCGCUAGAGUGAAUACACCACAAAUCUCCAUGUAAAAAAUAUCUACUUGGUUGGGUCUCUUUGUGCUGAUGUUCCUGAAUCAACUCAGCUAGCUUCGUAAGCAGUGACCUUUCUGUAGCACGGAGGUGUUUAGCCGGUGACAUCCUGGAUUACAUUAACAGAUGGUCUUCUGCACGUCUGCAUAGCUGAACAUGGGUCCUGAAAUACUAGUUAAAAGUUUUCUGUUACCAUCCACUUUCAUUUCUACAGCUUGGGCUUUUAACAUUUUUGUCCAGAAUUGAGUAAACACAAUGAAUGCAAAUGUUGUAGCCCAUUUCUUCAAUACCACUCUGUGCACUUUCUCUUGAAGCACAGACUCCAGUUGCAGGUCACAUCUUGUGAAUCUCUCUCAAACUCUUGCCUGAGCUUUGCUGUCCUCUUUAGGCAGCAGUUAUUCCAGUUGUUUGUGCUCCUUUUCUCACCUCAAUUUAUCCCUCAACUCUGUUCCAUUAAUAUGCUUGCAUAGGACAUUUUGACAUGCCAGGUUCCUUGGCUUACAAAUAAAGUAUAAACACCUUGGUGUUCAAACUGAACUGGAGACUCAAGGGUGAGGAUGUCUACAAGACAGGACAGAAACGGGAUGUAAUUUGAGGACUCUUCGCUCUUUCAGUGUUUGCGGCAAGAUGCUGUGUGAAUCUGUUGUGGAGGGUGUAAUCUCUCCUAAUAGACACUAGGUGGUGGAAGAGUAUCUGGACAAAAAAGUGUCCUUCUGACAUUUUUAAAUCUUAUUUAUUUUUUGCUUUUUUAUUUUUACUUCCAUGUAUAAUUAUGUAGCAAUUCUGGAUCCCACCCCACCUCAUGCAAACACUUAAGAGUGAUCCAUCACACUUAACAAAUUUAUUUCAAAAUGUAUUUGCUGAAGUAAAAUGGUUUUUGGUUAUUAAAGUGAUCUGACACCAUGUAUUGCCAGCAGCAGUAAGCAUGUACAUAUAAAUGUGUGGAUUUGAAACGAUUAUUAAUUCUGUAGACAUUAAUGUGGCGUCGCUCCACUUUGUUGUUGCCAGUUUGUUAGAGAGACCAACCUGUCGAGCUCUGAACAUUAUUAAACACCUGCAUCAGACAAUA